AUGGCCUUCCUCGCCUUGUUCGGAGCCGUGAUGUGCGCCAGUCUCGUCUUCGGAAACCCGCACAUCCCUUGCGCGUCGAGCAGCUGGGGAGCUGGGUCCUGGAAAUCUGGAAGUAUGGGAGGUGGUGCUGGAGGUAUGGGAGGCGGCGCUGGAGGUAUGGGAGGCGGCGCUGGAGGCAUGGGAGGCGGCGCUGGAGGCAUGGGAGGUGGCGCCGGAGGUGCCGGAGGCUUCGGAGGUCCGAUAAUCAUCGAGCAGGUGGCGCCGACACCGGUGGUUGUGGGUCUGCCGCUGAGCCCGAACGUGAUCGAGCACCAGUCGGCGCCGUACGAGAUCAACUACUUCGGGACCCCGUACGUGGUGCGGCACAAGCAGAAGGCGGCCCUCAACGUCUACACGCAGACCCCGGUCGUCGUGGACACGUACGCCGAGCCCAAGGUCCAGGAGCUGGCCGCCCAACCCGCCGUCAUCGUCGAGGAGGUCUGCGCCGGGCCUUGCUCCGGGCAGGAGGCGCCAUGCCACUAA